AUGGCGCCACCACCAGCUGGAAUAAAGCUAGGUGCGUUCCUGGCAGUGACUCCGAAUCCCGGGAGCGCAGAGAGUGAGACAGAGGCAGCCGCGGCCACACCCAGCAAAGUGUGGAGCUCUUCCGCCGGGAGGACUGAACCACGAGGCGGGGGCCGAGGAGCGCUCCCUACCCCCAUGGGACAGCACGGACCCAGUGCCCGGGCCCGGGCAGGGCGCGCCCCAGGACCCAGGCCGGCGCGGGGAGCCAGCCCUCGGCUCCGGGUCCACAAGACCUUCAAGUUUGUCGUCGUCGGGGUCCUGCUGCAGGUCGUACCUAGCUCAGCUGCAACCAUCAAACUUCAUGAUCAAUCAGUUGGCACACAGCAAUGGGAACAUAGCCCUUUGGGAGAGUUGUGUCCACCAGGAUCUCAUAGAUCAGAACAUCCUGGAGCCUGUAACCGGUGCACAGAGGGUGUGGGUUACACCAAUGCUUCCAACAAUUUGUUUGCUUGCCUCCCAUGUACAGCUUGUAAAUCAGAUGAAGAAGAGAGAAGUCCCUGCACCACGACCAGGAACACAGCGUGUCAGUGCAAACCAGGAACUUUCCGGAAUGACAAUUCUGCUGAGAUGUGCCGGAAGUGCAGUACAGGGUGUCCCAGAGGGAUGGUCAAGGUCAGUGAUUGUACACCCUGGAGUGACAUCGAAUGUGUUCACAAAGAAUCAGGCAAUGGACAUAAUGUAUGGGUGAUUUUGGCUGUCAUUUUGAUUGUCCUAUUGCUAUUGGUUGCUGUGGUGAUUGCCUGUUGUUGCAUCAGCUCAGGUUGUGGAGUGGACCCCAAGUGCAUGGACAGGAUGUGUUUCUGGUGCUUGCGUCUCCUACGAGAGCCUGGGGCUGAAGACAAUGCUCACAACGAGAUUCUGAGCAACGCAGACUCGCUGUCCACUUUCGUCUCUGAGCAGCAAAUGGAAAGCCAGGAGCUGGCAGAUUUGACAGGUGUCACUGUACAGUCCCCAGGGGAGGCACAGUGUCUGCUGGGACCGGCAGAAGCUGAAGGGUCUCAGAGGAGGAGGCUGCUGGUUCCAGCAAAUGGUGCUGACCCCACUGAGACUCUGAUGCUGUUCUUUGACAAGUUUGCAAACAUCGUGCCCUUUGACUCCUGGGACCAGCUCAUGAGGCAGCUGGACCUCACGAAAAAUGAGAUCGACGUGGUCAGAGCUGGUAUAGCAGGCCCAGGGGAUGCCUUGUAUGCAAUGCUGAUGAAAUGGGUCAACAAAACUGGACGGAACGCCUCGAUCCACACCCUGCUGGAUGCCUUGGAGAGGAUGGAAGAGAGACAUGCAAAAGAGAAGAUUGAGGACCUCUUGGUGGACUCUGGAAAGUUCAUCUACUUGGAAGAUGGCACAGGCUCUGCCGUGUCCUUGGAGUGAAAGACUUUUUUUACCAGAGGUUUCCUCUUAGGUGUUAGGUGUUAAUACAUAUUAGGUGUUUUAUUUUUUUUUAACAUGUAUAUAAAAUAAAUACUUAGCCAGGUGUAGUGGCUCAUGCCUGCAAUCCCAGCACUUUGGGAGGCUGAGGUGGAUGGAUCACCUGAGGUCAGGAGUUCAAGACCAGCCUGACCAACAUGGUGAAACGCCGUCUCUACAAAAAAAUACAAAAAUUAGUCGGAUGUGAUGGUGUGUGCAUAUAUUCUCGGCUACUCGGGAGGCCGAGGCAGGAGAAUCGCUUGAACCCACGAGGCAGUGAGCCGAGAUUGCACCACUGCACUCCAGCCUGGGCGACAGAGCGAGACUCCGUCUCAAGAUAAAAUGAAAUAAACUUGAAAGAAUUAUUGCCCGACUGAGGCUCACAUGCCAAAGAAAAAUCUUGUUCUCCCCUGAGCUGGCCUCCAUGUGUCUCCUUAUCAUGGUGGUCAAUUGGAGGUGUUAAUUUGAAUGGAUUAAGAAACACCUAGAACACUGGUAAGGCAUUAUUUCUGGGAUAUUAUUUCUGGGCAUGUCUUCGAGGGUGUUUCCAGAGGGGAUUGGCAUGCGAUCGGGUGGACUGAGUGGAAAAGACCUACCCUUAAUUUGGGGGGGCACCAUCCAAUAGACUGGGGAGCAAGAUAGAACAAAAAAAAAAAAAAAGAAAAGCAAAUCCAUCUGAUCUCCUGGAGCUGGGACACUCUUCUGCCUGUGGACAUCAGACUCUAGGAUUUCUAGCCCUUGGACUCCAGGGAAUACACCAGUGGCCACCCGAAGCAUCUAAGGAUUUGGGCCUUGAACUAAGAAUUACACCAUCGGCUUCCCCGGGUCUUAGGUUUUUGGACUGGAUUAAGCCCUCCUUCCAGCAUUUCAGGGUCUCUGCUGUGCAGAUGGCCUGUUUUGGAACUUCUCAACCUCCAUUAUCAGAUGCAUUAAUUCCUCCAAUAAGUCCCAUUUCAUAUAUAGUCAUUUAUCCCACAACAUUUCAGUCAAGGGAACUGCAUAUAAGAUGGUGGCCGUCCAGUAAGCUAAGGUUAAUUUAUUAAUUAUUUAAUUUAUUUACCUUGAGUUCAAGUCACAAUUAAAGUACAUAUACCUUUGGAGAUUUGGACUUUUGUAUAUAAAAGUACUAUUUUUUUGGCAGGGGCAGUGGGGAGCUCUCAUCCUAAAUAAAUGUGUUAUUUGAUACCUAUGCAAAGAUUUGGCUAAAAGAAAGAAAAGAAUUGCUUCUGUAAAUGAAGCAUUUUCUUAGAAAAAUAGGAGCCUAUCUAAAUGUUUUUCAAGGUCACGUGAUCUGAGAUAAUCUUUAGUAAAUAGAAAGCUAGUUUAAGUUUCUUGGUUUAAUUAAAACAGACAAUUCUUCAGAGUUGUCAACAUUAUAUACAGUUCACACAUACAACUUCUACCUGGAUUUACUAAUCAAAACGCUUACGUGUGGCCGGGCAUGGUGGCUCACGCCUGUAAUCCCAGCACUUAGGGAGGCCAAGGCAGGUGGAUCACAGGGUCAGGAGAUCAAGACCAUCCUGGCCAACACGGUGAAACCCCGUCUCUACUAAAAAUACAAAAAAUUAGCUGGGCGUGGUGGCGGGCGCCUGUAGUCCCAGCUACUCGGGAGGCUGAGGCAGCAGAAUGGCCUGAACCUGGGAGGUGGAGCUUGCAGUGAGCCGAGAUCGUGCCACUGCACUCCAGCCUGGGCAACAGAGGGAGACUCCGACUCAAAAAAAAAGAACACUUAUGUGUCUUUAAGAUCAUAAAACUGUAAAUUCAACUGAAGAACAAAAUGCACAAGGAAAAGAUAAAUUUCUUGAUAUAUGUGAAACACAAGAAUGAAAAAGAAGAUUGAAAAGAGCCAUAUAUUUUCAAUGUAUGUUUCUUUGUAUUUUGUGUGAUUUUUAUGUGUUAUGUGUUUGUUUAUUUUUGUGUUUUUUAUGUGUUAUGUGAUGUUUGUGUCUUUUUUGAUAUUUUUAUAAGAUGUGUACCUCCUUUUUUUUUUUUUUUUUUGAGGUGGAAACUCUUGUCACCGAGGCUGGAGUGCAGUGGCACGAUCUCCACUCACUGCAAGCUCCGCCUCUGGGUUCACACCAUUCUCCUGCCUCAGCCUCCUGAGUAACUGGGACUACAGGCACCCACCACCAUGCCUGGCUAAUUUUUUGUAUUUUUAGUAGAGACGAGGUUUCACCGUGUUAACCAGGAUGGUCUGGAUCUCCUGACCUCGUGAUCUACCCUCCUCGGCCUCCCAAAGUGCUGGGAUUACGGGUGUGAGCCACUGCACCUGGCCAAGAUGUCUACUUUUAAGUAUUUUUAUAUUUAAUUUUUGGUAACUUAAAAAUCUUAUAUUAACCUAAGUUAAAUGAUGGUUAUUUGUAUUAGUCUGUUUUCUGUUGCUAUCACUGAAUACCUCAGAGUAGGGAGUGGGUAAUUUAUAAAGAAAAUAAAUUUAUGUAUUAUAGUUCUUGGGGCUAGGAAGUCCAAGGGCAACGGGCCAAAUCUAGGGAGGGCCUUCUUGCUAAUGGGCUCUGAUAUGGUUUGGAUCUGUGGCCCCACCAAAGUCUUAUGUUGAAUUGUAGUCCCAAGUGUUGGAGGUGGGGCCUGGUGGAGGUGAUUGGAUCAUGAGGGCAGAUUUCUCAUAAAUGUUUUAACACCAUUCCUCUCUGUACUGUCCUUCUGACAGUGAGUGAGUUCUCAUGAGAUCUGAUUGUUAAAAAAUGUGUGGCACCUCCCCAUUCUCUCUUCCUCCUGCUCUGGCCUUGUGAAGUGCUGUCUCUUCCUUUGCCUUCUGACAUGAUUGUAACUUUCCUGAGGCCUCCCUGGAAGCCAGCAUCAUGCUUCCUGUACAGCUUGUGGACCUGUGCACCAAAUAAACCUCUUUUCUUUAUAAA